AUGUCAAGCGCACUGCCAACUCAUCAAGCAUACGCACCACAACCUUGUUUACGCACAAUACUCGAUGAUGAAGGCCGGUCAAUUCCAGCCACUGUUCAUGCACUGAAGGCUCACCGACUUCGUGUCAAGCCGUACUCCAGUCAUUCCGCGUCAAUCGCGCUGCUUGUUGCGAUCUCUUUCUCUCUUUCUCUCGUCUCUCCUUUACGACCCCAAAUGUACCGUGGUAGUGCGGGGCAAUAG